AUGUAUUUACAUAGGCAGAUCCACCGGAACGGCAGUCUGAGCGCGCGGGAUGCAGCACGUCACACGGCCGGCGCCAAGCGCUACAAGUACCUGCGGCGAAUCCUGCAUUUCAGACAGAUGGAUUUUGAGUUUGCCAUAUGGCAGAUGCUCUACCUGUUCACAUCACCGCAGAAAGUGUACCGCAACUUCCAGUACCGCAAACAGACUAAAGACCAGUGGGCCCGGGACGACCCUGCGUUCCUGGUGCUGCUCAGCGUCUGGCUGUGUGUGUCGACGGUGGGCUUCGGGCUGGUUCUAGAAAUGGGUUUUGUGGAGACGCUGAAGCUGUUGCUGUGGGUGGUUUUCAUCGACUGCGUGGGAGUCGGAUUGCUCAUAUCUACACUCAUGUGGUGA